AUGCAAGAUUCUCUACUUCACUUGCUUGGAUCGGGUCAUAAAAAUGAUAGUCACAAAAAGUAGUUCACACCCAUUGUCUCAGUCAACUUGGUCAAACCUGAAAAAAUUAGUAGCUAGAGAAAUGGACUUAGUGAGUACCUUGAAUAAUCUUUUGAGAUUAAUUUUAACGUUGCGUAAUAUGACUCUAAUCAUAAUCAUACUGAUGAUAGAUCCUUUAACCUUGAUUAGUUCAACUCAAACUCUAAUUUCAAGACUCCUAUUUAAAAAUAAAACUUCAACAAAUAUCUUAAUUGCAAUCCACCUAAAAGUCUUUCUUAGUUGAUGGAGGCAAAAGAUCAAAGCAAGAAAAAAAAUUCAACAAAUGAACUCAAGCUAGGUAGAGCUAAUAACACAACUAGCAUUUAUGAGGAUUUACUCCUUAGUGCAUCAAAUCAUCUCUAGAAGUAAAAAGAUAAGUCACCCUAUUUUAACAAAGACUAGACUGUUCUCUUAGACUCAUUUUACUAGAAUCAAAUGAUGAUAAGAAGAGCCUCAGCUAAUACAUAGAAGAAACUUUUAACAAAAGGAAAGAAAUCAGAAUUCGUUAUGAGCGACAGAACUAAUAAUUAAAAUGAUUGGACCUCUAAGAGCUCCAUCUAUUAAGAAGUUAUCAUAGAAAAGUCAUCAAAAUCUAUAAUGGACACAACCACAACUCAGCACACGAAAUAGAAUAGUGAGCGAAUGACUAUAGAGGGCUAGAACUCUAAAAAAUCAAGAGAGGAACAAAGGAAAAAAUCAGUAGGAUUGUCUUGCGAUAAUAAACUUCACUUUUACAAUCAUACUGAAAUCAUGAAGCAAACUAGCUAAAAGGUAUCUGAGAGCAGAAGGUAAUUGGAUGAUGAGUUUAAUCUACUCCUAAAAAAGCUAGAUAAAAAGGGACUCCUUCCAAUCUAAAGACAAAACUAUACCAAAUCAGAGUUAUUCAAGCUAUUUAAAUAGCUAGAUUCUGAGAUUCAGGCUUCAGAAUAAAACUGCAAAAAUAACAAAUAAAAGUAUCAAUUUGCGCUCAAGGAUAAGACAGACCUAGAUAAAGAAAAUCAAAUGCUGAAAAAGAAAAUCGAUCAGUAGAAUUAAAUUAUUCACAAAUUUGCAAGUCAAAACUAUGUAAAAACAUUAGAGGAUGAGUUAAAAUUCAGUAAUCAAAUAUUGAAGCAAAUCAGGAUAACUAUUGGAUUUCUACUUAGUUUUUACAAAGAAAUCUAAGAUGCCUUUGAAUCUCCCUUUGAAAAUGAACUUCAAGCAAAAAAAUAAGAGCCAGCAUCAAAUAGGAACUUUGAACCCCCUCACCACCACCAUUAAUAAUCUUUACAUUAGAAAAUUAAAUAAGAUGAGCCAAAAACUAUCCCGAGAUCUAAAUCAGCUGCUCAGUACAAAGAAUAAAAUUCUUAUGCAAAGAAUUACCUUAAUAAAACUUAAAGACCAUAAUAAAAUGAACCUUAAAGGGAAAGAUAAAAGUCACCUAAAAUAUAUCAUCAAUAAACUCUCAAAUCUGAAAAUGCUCUUAAAAAGGAAAUUGACAUGCAGAAAAUUCUAAUUAAAAAACUAAAGAAAGAUCAAAUGGAAAAAGACUUUUACAUCCUCUAGUUAAAAAAGACUUUAGAGUCAGAUAGUGAGAAGUAGUAGAUUGUGAAUCAGUUAAUAGAGUUUGAAAGAUAAAAAGAAAUGCUUAGACAGGACAGAUAAUAAUUAAAUCAUGAGCAAGAAAAUUAGAAAAAUUCAGUCUCCAAGAAGUAGGAGGAACUGGAUGAUAAGACUAAGAUGAGUGGUCUCAAAUAUACUGACUCAUAAAUGAGAUAAUUAUUGUGCGUCUUUAACUUUAAGGAGCAAGUCAGCAGGCUAUAAACAGGCAUGAGAAUAGAAUUUGAAGAAUCAGGGCGAAUUAUUGAAAGCUUUAUGAUGGUCAUUGAGUCUAUUAAAUAGAUCUUACCAGACGAUCCUACCAUCGAAAGUCACUACUAAUAAUUAAGAGAAUUGAUUUUUACUAGGGAAAAGAGAUUCAAGAUCUAUGAGAAGUGGAAGCAGGUAUAGACUCUCCCAUCUGAAAUAUCUAGAUUUGAGAUACAUAACUUCAACACAACUUCUAAGAGCAUCUUUGAUAAUAUGGAUGACUAGACUAUUUUUGAAGAAGUCUCUAACAUCUCAAGCUCUCAUAAUCUAAUGAACAUGCAAUCCAAGAUGAGCAAUUCACACAGUAUAAAUGAAUUUAUGGUCAGUGAGGCUUCUAGAAAGGGUAGGAAAAACUCUAGUAAAUCACGAAAGAGAUCUAGAUAAAUGACAAACAACACUAAUUUAGAUCUUAAUCUUCUUGUCUGA